ACGCGACGCUCGACACACGUCGAGGUAUGCUCUGGCGCGGGUGAGUGCACCAGUGAAGUGGGGCAGAGGCCCGUACGUUACGAAAUAAAAAAAAAACGGAAAAAUUGACCCCCAGAUGGGAGUUUACGAAGAGAGAGGGGCGAUGCACUGGCAACAGAAUGAGCGAUAUCUCUCCACGUACGAGACGGGGUCAGAGUUGUCGCCUGUUGCCCCAGCAGCGUCGCCGGGAUCACCCAGAGACUGCACCUCGUGUCGCAAGCGAGAACCUCCAGAUGAACCCGCUCCACCCGCUGAGGAUGCUUGCGCUGGCUGCGGAGCACGAAUAACUGAUAGAUACUACCUUCUGGCGCUGGAGCGGCGCUGGCACACCCCAUGCCUCAGGUGCUGUGAAUGCAAGAUGCCUCUCGACUCUGAACAGAGAUGUUAUGCUCGUGACAGCAAUAUAUUUUGCAAGAAUGACUACUUCAGGUUGUACGGUUCAAAGCGGUGUUCUCGUUGCAACACGACCAUUUCAGCAUCAGAAUUGGUGAUGAGAGCGCGCGACUUGGUCUUUCACGUCCACUGUUUCUCCUGUGCACUCUGCAGCGCCCGACUCACAAAAGGCGACACAUUCGGCAUCAGGGAUUCAGCUGUUUAUUGCAGGCUACACUACGAAACUAUGCCGGAUUAUGCUCCCCAUAUGUCUGUACCGGGGCCUCCACAGAUGUGUCCAGGUCCUUACGCCGGCCCUCCACCGGGUUCGCACUACCCACCAUACCCCUCUCCUGAGUUCUCCCGAGUGGAGCCCGAUGUCCCCAAAGGCUCUUUCUUCAACGGGGUAUCAGCUCCUCCGCCGAGACAAAAAGGCCGUCCGAGAAAAAAGAAGCCUAAAGACCAAGAUUUAAUGACAGCAAAUCUUGGUAUGGUUUCAAAAUGCGCGGGCAAAAUGGCGACGUAUGGUGACAAAGCAAGAGAACAAGAUGACGGACAAAUGUUCUCCAGACGGCUCCUUGGAGAUGGACAUGUACCACGGACCGAUGGGUUCCAUACAAUCCUUACCCCCGCACAGCCCACCCUACAGCGUGAUGGGAGGCCCCCCGAGCCCGAACUCGAUGGACUGUCCGUAGCUGCAAUUUUGCGCUUUGUGAGCGCUCUACAACUGAACAUUGUCUUCGGACGUGCAGUUCUGACCGGCACACUAAUUGUAUGGUGUAGAAAGCUAGUGGAACAGUUGAUAAGUGGUGAUAAUAAUCACAUGUUAAGAUGUGUUGUGGAAUGUCUGUGAGAAACCAAUGACUAUGUGAAGAAUCAUUUCGAUGUCAGUGUAAAGUUAACUGGUGGUGUAUAUGGUCAUGAAAGUCCAGAUUUAAACUCUGUAUUAUAUACUUGGUUAGAUUACCAAUGAGUCGAGUGCAUUAGAAAUCUUACCUGAAUAAAAAAUGGAUUUGUAUUGCAAUAUUUUUUAUAGCGGUAAAAGUGCUUAGAUAAUAACAAUGAAUGUAAAUGUUUGUUUUGUUUUACAAUUGUUAUCGUAUUCUAUGCACGGACACUUAUGACCCAAAUUCUGCUUUAUCAUAUUGUUAAAAAAAUAUAUAACAUAACUCUUAAACACAUACAAGCCAAGCCAUACAAAAAAAUUCUGAUGUUGGCUUGAUAGUAUUCCAUUAUUGUUCAGUAUAGAGGAUAUAAAGUUUCUUGCCAAUAGUAAUCUAUUUUAAGUAAUUUUCAAAUAUCUCCAAAGUCCAACCUUAGAAUGUCGAGCAUUCUGACACUAUUAUAACCUGAAUAUUAACUCCGAUCUUAAAUGUAAAAAUAUUUCCUCUUUAUUUCUCAAAUGGCGAACUGGUUAAGCGAAAACUUGGGCACGUUAUUAAAUGCAACAACUGGAAAAACAAACAAAGUUAUUAAAUGAGAGUAAAAGCUCCACAAAAAAUAUUUCACAGUAUAAGUAUUGUUUUGAAUUUUUAAAACACUUAUCUAGUAAAAGGCUGAAUGAAACGUGGUUAUACAUAAACAGAAAAAUAUAGGGUUUAUUUCUUAUAACGGACGAUUCUAUGUUACUCUACAUAUUAAUUUAUUGGUAUAAUGUAAAUUUACAUCGACUGAGAGUUUAUUCGGUAGGUGUCAAUGAAGUGGUACUAUGUAAGAAUUUUUAAUUAAUAUAUACUAUUUAUUUAUUGAAUCCUCUAUUUAAAUUAGUGAUUAAGAUAAGUUAAGGCAUAAUAGCUACAUGUGACAAUUUCCAUAUUAAGGUUAUCUAGCGUUAAAUGUAUACGAUAAAUGGAAAAAUUCUCAAAGCUUAAGUUGGGUACAGCAAGCUGUAUGUAUAUGUAAUUAUAUCAGACUUUACAUACAUUUAACGAUUCGAACAACGAGAGAUCACAACUGUGUACUAUAACAAAAGCAAUUCUUAGUGUUAGUUAAAAUUAAAGUUUAAUAUUUCGAUAAGUGCACGCACUGGUAGUUCCUUUUUUUGUAUAAAAUUACAUUAAUAGCGUAUUAGAGUUUCUUACAUUAAGCUACCACAAAGUAUAUAAUCCUAUUCUUACAGUAGGCGAUAAAUUAGUGUUAAAUAAAUGAAUGUAACUGUUACAAUGUUAAGGUAAAAAUGCUCACGAAUACUCAUCAGCUGAUUGAUAUAUGUGACUAAAAUAAUAUGAUGUGUUAAUAAAAAAUUACAACAUAA